UUUUAGUGCUCCGCCACUUCGCACACUUUUUUCGUUGUGCAGCACAGCGCAUCUUUUCCUUAAAAGAUUUCAAUAUGAGUAAGCGAAAACUCGAGAAUAACGAUUUCGACGACUUAUGGAAAAAAUUCAAAGAGUUUGAAAAAGAAAUUGCGCAGGCACAAGCACAACGUACUAGACAUCGACAACAUCGCAGUGAUUCAAGAUUAGAAGUCCCGCCGCUGCUGCCGUCACGAAGCAGAUCGCAGUCACCGGAACCCAGCUCCAGCUCCGUCGCGUCGUCCUCGUCUUCGAGCUGCUCGCAGCGCGGUCGUGAAACGCCACCGACGAGGUCGAGUUUGGCCGGCUUGCCGCCGCCCCAUACACCAUCGCAGGAGCCGUCAAGAUACGAAGAUGUGCCCUCGAACGAAGUUGAACAUAUCCGACAGCAUAGCGUUACGGGUAACGCACCGUCGCCGCCCGCGCCGCCGGGAUCGGAGCCACAGAAGCCACUUGUAGCGGAAUUAGACGACGAACUGAUGCAGGUAUUGGGUGAAGAUCCAUCAAAAGCUAAUACUCCAGGUAAAGACAUACAGUCUGAUCUUGCAGUACGCUUACAAUACAUAGCAACAUCUGGCUUGUCUAAAGAAACAAGAAAGGAACUUCUAUCUAAGUACUUGCUGCCAGGGAAUUGUACCCUAAUUAAUGCACCUGAUUUGAACGCAGAGGUAAAGGCCGCGAUACCAGACACGAUUUAUAAAAGAGACCAAGGUAUCAAAACUAGACAGAAGCAAACUGCUACAGCUACUUCUUGUUUAGCAGAGGCACUCACCAUGCUCUUGUCAGCGGAAACAAGAAAUAUGAUCCUUAUAAAAUUACUUAUGGAUGCGAGCAGGUUGUUAUGUGACACCCAAUACCAAGACUCAGUCACAAGACGAAACUUUAUUCUAUAUAACCUUAAAAAAGAUGUAAAAGAACAACUUCAAGCAACAAAGGUGGACAAGUACCUAUUCAGUCAGGGAUUAGCUGACACUCUGAAAGCGGCGAAAACCAUAUCUAAAUCUGGCGCAGAUUUGAAACAAUCUAUCAGCACGCAACAAACUCAGAAAAAGACAGAUAAGGGCAAAAAUCAUUUAAACUGGCGAGCUUCUCUCCCGCAUCACAGGCAGUCGACGCGCCCAGCGCCGCCACCGCCACCGCCGCCCCCGCCGACAGCUCCGCGCGUGCCACCGCGCGCUCACCGCUAA